UAAAAAUUGUGCUGUAAUGUUUACUCACUUGUUGCGUAUUCUCUCUGGACCCUCUGGGCUAGGUGUUUAAAAUUAUGGAGAUUGUUUCAGAUAUAUUUAUUGCUUCGACUUCGGAGAGAAUUUAAUGAGGAGCAGAUGUAUAAAAGAAACAAAACUUUGACUCUUGUGACCAGCGCUUCAGCUAUUGGAAAUAACUUGUCUGUCCAGUUUGUCCCACAGACAAAGGCAGCUUUUACAGUUGCUGUUAUUCAUGAAGGAUAUAUAAAUGUUAUUCCAGUUUAUAGCUCAGAAGUAAGACCCAGGUACAUUCCAUGUGUUGAGAGUGGCACACGGCCGAGACAUGUCAGUACUUCUGUGACACAGGUGAUGUGGUGCAUCAUUAGACAACAGGCACUGUUUGUGGUUGCUUCAUCCUUGGGUGUGCAAAUAUUUGAUGAAGAUGGCCGAGUAUGCAAGUUCUCACAUCCUUGUAUGGAUGUGCCUGAUGUAGGCGGCUGCUUCGCUCGUGGGUUGGCUGUCGUUGGACCCGACAUGUUAUGCAUUGGUAAUAGCAGUGGGACCAUUCAUAUCUUUCACAUUACCGAAGACUUUAAUGAAGUGGUUCAAGUCGAGCACAAACGGGUUCACGAGAAGGCCAUUACAGACAUUGCUACUUCAGUGGGUGGCCAUCUUGUGGCCACAGCAGAUGAUGCUGGAGCCCUCUGUCUGUGGAGAAUGGAACAUCAGCUGGAACCUGUAAAUACAUUUCCUACUUUUGGAUAUCCGUGCACAAGCAUGAAGAUGUGGAAAGAUUUUAUUUUGGGUGCAUAUGGAUCUGGUCACAUACGUGUAUUUGGCACCCAAACCUUGAGUCUUAUGUGUGAGGUAGCAGCCCAUGCUCGCUGGAUCACGGCUUGUGACAUAGCUCUGGACACGGGCUACUUUCUCUCUGUCUCAGAGGAUUCAUUUGUCAAAAUAUGGCAGAUAUCCAGAGAUGAUGGAAGGGUGAACCACAAGUUUUCAGCUCAAGUACAGGAUUCUCUUUUAACUGGAGGAAAGUUUCUCUGCCCUGGAGGGGAGAAGUUCUGUGUGUCAGCUUAUGAUAGCUGUGAUGUCAUAUGUUACUGUGCAUGAGAAUUUGCAGCUCUCACUCGGAAAAGUAUGGAUAAGGUGCAGCUUGUCCAACAUUAAGAAAAGAAACACUGUUACAAUGCAUAGCAGGACAAAUGCAGACCACAAAAUAAAUUGCAUCACCCAGUUUUGAAACCGGCCUCUCUGCUCUUCAAGUGUUAAGCCAAGGUGAUACACUCAUUCCAAUGUGAAGACACGUAACAGACCUGUACUGCUUAUUCAGAGGCAGUAUCUGCUGUGUUUCACAUACAGUUAACCUUAACUUUCCUUGGCAUAUUGUGGAACAUGUUCGAACUAUUGUGGUUUUUUCCUUCCAUCCACUUUACAAAACCAGCAGGACACACUUCACAUUACAGCAAAACACAUUAAGUAAAACUGCUAAGAUUUGAAGAUGGGGGGGAUAUUAGCAUUUAGUGAGCUCGAAACUGAUAUUUAGAAGGCGUAACAAAUACUGUAUCUCCCACAAGCCGUAUGGAAGGAACUAGGUAACCAGGUUACAGCAGCAUCAGAAGACAAACAGAAAAUUGUACUUCACAUUUGUGACUAUGUCGGGAGCAGAAGCCCCAUUUUCAUGUGUCCACAGCACGGGAAGAAUCAGAUAAGACAAAACACUUCUUUACUGUUUUUAUUUUGUCCACAAGUACCAACUGUACUAGAUAAAUGAAUAUCACAAUUCAGAUAUGUAAUAUAUGCCUCAUAAAGAGAUUCCUGGUUCUACCAUUAAUGACAGUAGCAAACAUAAGACACGCUUUACACAUAAACCAGAAAAGCACUGUUACCAUUACUGCACAUUAAACCAUAUGAUACACAGCAAAACUUGGUGAGGUUUGCUUACCUUCUUAAAUUAAUUUUGCAGCUCUGACACGUGUAAAACAUUUCUCUGAUAAAUCAGUUUGUGGCACACACAGAAAGCUGUAUGAAUAGACUCACAGUGCUGUACACAGAUUAUUCUGUCACAUGUUUAUUAAAAAAUUAUCAGUUCCAAACUAUACUAAAUUCCCAACUAGAGGUAAAUCUAGUGGCAUUAUCCCCAUGUCAAGGGUAUGGCACUUAAUUUCAAAGAAAUGGCUGAAAAUAUAUACAGGAGUGCCACUACAGGCUUAUCUAGAUUUGAGCAUGUGCGGAGGAGCUGACCUACGGACAUCCAAAGUGGCAGGAGCUGUCUUGACAUAUUCAUCCAACAAUAUAAACACACUUUUAUUCUAAUUUUAAGUUUACCUAAUGUCAUGUCUAGUUCCAGAUAAUUUCACAGCCAGGUCUUUAAGUGCCCUUUACAAAGUAAAAAAGAAUGCCUAAUAUGGUCAUUUCUGUCCACUUCUCAAUACCUGAACUGUUGGACAAUUUUUUUAAAAAACUGCUAUGAGAGACUUGCAUUAAAAAUUGUAAGGCAAUUCAGCGAUUAUCAGCCAUAUUGACAUAUAGAACAUCCACUUUACUUAGGCCAUAAAUGGAGAUUUUUGUGUAUAUAAA